UUCGUAAAAAUUACAAAGUUGGUAGACACGGUAUUAUUAUUAGUUUUGACACUUGAGGUUUUAAGGUUAACAGUUCAACUUGAUAGACGUGUAUGGACUGUAAAAAAAUAACGACACGAAAGGAAAACAAAAAGUUUAGAAAUAGAUUAAAUGUUCUUACUUAUUGGAAAUAUAUUAGUUAAAAAUAUCGAUAUUCGGCAGACCAAAUUUAAUGUAAAUGUGAUGUCGAAAAAAUUUUCAAAAAAACCUUCGCAUCAUUUACAAGAAAAAAAAGCAGACCAUCAACUGGGACCAGUGUCUGUCGAUAAAGAUGGCAACGUGACAUUAAGAAUUCAAGCAAAACCCGGGGCUAAGCGAAAUCAAAUAUCAGAUUUCAAUGAAGAGGCUAUUAGCGUUGCGAUAGCGUCCCCUCCUGUUGAUGGACAAGCAAAUAUUGAACUAAUCAAAUACUUAUCAUCUGUUCUCGAUGUGAAAAAAUCUUCUAUUAACCUUGACAAGGGUUGCCGAAGUCGUCAUAAAACGGUUAUUAUUAUUGGAAGUAUCCCCUCAAUAAUUACAGAAAAAAUCAUGAAGGAAAUGGAAAAUUACUCAUAACCGUUUUAAGUGUAUAAAAUUCAUUAGUGUUGACAUCACAUUUGUUUUUAACUUAAUAUAAGUACAUGAUAUCUUAUUAGAUUUCAUAAAUUCAAAAUAAUUAAAAAGUUUUACAAACUGUUUCAGAUUAUUGUGUAGUAGUGUAAUGAAUAAAAUUGGUUUAUC